AUGUCCCACCCCCAGGCCCCGCGCCUCCGCGCCCUGUACCGCUCCCUCCUCCGCGAGCUGCCCCCGCGGCCCAUCCUCUCGUCGCCUCGAUCGCCCAUCCACCAGCGCCUGCGCGACGGCUUCUUCUCCUCUCCUCCUCCUCCUCCUCCUACCUCCUCCUCUUCCUCCACCACCAGCAGCAACGCCAGCACGCCUCCCCCGGACUCGGGAGCGGAGGCCUCCGCGCUCGCCGUGGGCCAGGCGGAGCAGUACCUGGCCUACCUGCGCGCGCAGCGCACCUACGUCAGCCUUCUGGAGCGGUACAACCCGGGCAUGGGCAUGGACGAGGAGGAGCGCGUGCGCCUGACGGCCCGGCGCGUCGGCAUGGACCUGCCCGUCGAGUACGGGCUCGAGCCCGAGAGGAGCGGGGAGGGCGGUAGCGGUUCGGGGAAGAAGGAGUAG